AUGUCAGGGGUCACCAAACUACGGCCUCAGGACAUCGUCAAAGAGUUGGGCGCGCUGGUAGGGACUUUGCCCAACAGCAUCCCGGACCACAACUGCACCGACUUAGCCUGCCACUGGGCGGCGCUGCAGACCGCAUUGGCAGAGCUGAAAGCGAGUCACACGGCAAUUUCCAGCGACCUGGAGAAGAGUCAGACGGCAUUGACAGAGCUGAAGGCAGGUCAGGCGGCAUUGGCAGAGCUGAAGGCAGGUCAGGAGGCAGGUCAGACGGCAUUGGCAGAGCUGAAGGGAGGUCAGGCGGCAUUGGCAGAGCUGAAGGCAGGUCAGGAGGCAGGCCAGAACGCAUUGGCAGAGCUGAAGGCAGGUCAGACGGCAUUGGCAGAGCUGAAGGGGAGUCACACCGCGAUUCGCAGCGACCUGGAGAAGAGUCAGACCGCAUUCGCAAGGCUGAAGGCAGGUCAGGAGGCAAGUCAGACGGCAUUGGCAGAGCUGAAGGCAAGUCACAACGCGAGUCAGAGCCUGCUGGCCAAAGUCUGGGAGGAGAUUAGCAGCGACAAAGGGCUUCUGAGUCAGAGACUGAAAGACCUGAAGACGGACUACCAGAGCAUAUCUCAGGAGCUGUCACAAGAGCACAAGGAGUUACACGACUUCGGUUUGGCUUUGUCCAGCCUGCAGCAGAAGGUGGUGGAUCAGCCCACACUUAACAGGGAACUCAAAGCUAUCAUGGCCAGAGACUGCAGUCAGGUCAUGGCGGCGGGAAAGUCCCAAGAUGGAAUCCAUACCUUCUUUAUUGGGUCCGACAGCUUCGAGGCUUACUGCGACAUGAGCGUGGACGGGGGAGGCUGGACCGUGAUCCAGAGGAGAAAGGACGGCUCCGUCGACUUCUUUCGGGGUUGGAACGACUAUCGCAAGGGCUUUGGAGACCUCGCCGGAGAGCACUGGCUCGGCCUGCAAAACAUCCACGCUCUGACGGCCUCGGGCGGUUACCAGUUGCGGAUCGACUUCACCAUAUCCAACGGCAACACUUACUACGCUCUCUACGACGACUUCUCGGUGGGCCGGAACUCGCUGGACCCCGACAAGGACGGCUACCCGCUGCUUGUGAGCGGCUAUUCUGGAACCGCAGGCGAUAAAUUCACCUACCAUUCUGGGAUGAAGUUCACCACCAAAGACCGCCACCAAGACAAGUCUACUGUCAAUUGCGCCAAUAGCUGGAAGGGCGCUUGGUGGUACAAUUAUUGUCGCAUGUCCAACCUGAACGGGCUGUACAAGGCAACCGGCACCUGCGACGGUAGCAGUGCACAGUGGGAUUAUUUGGGCUCAUUAAGUUUUCCCUGCCUGAGAUUUGUGGAGAUGAAGAUCCGGCCCAGAAAGUGAGCGGUCGGCCGGCGGAGCCUGGGAAUGGCAUCCCCGUGGGAUCACGUGGGUGCUGCCCAACGUCACCCAUUUGCGCAGCGCUCGUCAAGUAAGAUGGCAGUGCGCAAAUGUGUGUCGGGUUUGGCCCGGGCAAAUUGGCUCAAGUGCAGUUCUGAAUCUCACCAGGAGCUUGACAACGAGAGAGACCUGACAAACGCUUAGUUGGAAGUUAGUUCCUCAAAAUGAAAGGGCAGUUUGGCGCUGUUGCAGUUCCAAAUUUCACCAGCAGACGGUGCCAAAUUUAGACUGACUUGACAUGGUAAAUCCAUCGUUAGAUUAGUCGAAAUUAUUGACUCUGGAAACACGACCUGUUUUGAAUGACACGCACACGCACACGCACACACACAAUCACUCACUCACUCACUUUUGGCUCAUUUUAGGAUGUUUUGCUUUGCUAUCAUAAAUCCCUUCCAUCUGUUAACAUAAGGAGUGCCCGUAAGCAUAGGUUAGCUACGAUUGAUUAUGUGUUAAGUUAGUGAGUGUUCGAUGGAGUUGUGUUUUACAAUGACAUCGAUUCAAGUAAGGGUACAUUUGACAUUUUCUUGCUUUGCCAUGAAAUAACUAACAGCUGAAGCAUUUCAAUGGCAUCUGUUAAAGUAACGGUACCCACCCAUAACCAUUGUUUAGUUAGGUUGCGUUGAUUAUUGAGUUAGGUUUCAUUUUCUUCCUUUUUGCGUCAUUUCAGUUGAAUAUUUUCAAACAUGGUUUAUUGUUGUUGAUGUCACAAGGUUGGUUGGAUGGAUGGAUCAUCAACAUGUAUUCAAUAUGGAUGUUUUAUUCGUACAUGAAUGUAUUCUCACGUGAGUAAGGACUGUUAAAGUAAUCAUCGUUUAGUUAUGUUGUGUGAAAUAUUUCAUUAAAAGUGUUUUAGGAGUUAAGUUGCAUUUUCUUUUCUUUUUUGGAACCAAAAUUUGGAUUUUGGGAACGAGGCCAACUGAUGCCUCCACCCAUUCCAGCAAUUUAUACCCUCAGUCUCCUUUUUGUCCCCUCCCUUUACGAAGGUUGAGUUUUACAAUCCAAAGAGGUUUGCGACGGCAUCAUUCUCGCUUGAAUGAGAAAUGGCGAGUGGAAUUGUCGUCGUUUGUACAAACAAUUGAGAUGUGUGACUUUUUUCCCUUAUUCAUUAAACUUUCUCUUGAUAAUC